CCCUCCAACCCUUCCCUUUACUAGAGAGUUUUGAAAGGCCAGAGAGCUUCUUGAGAAGAGAGCAGGAGACUUUCAAAUGGGAUUAAGAGAGACAAAGAUGAUCAAGUUGAGGUCGAAAAGGUUCUGCAGAGGAAGUUUUAAGCUCGGCAGCAAUAGCAGCAACAAUGUUAAAGCAGCUUCAACUAGAACUAGUCCAAAAGAGUAUGGAGGUAUAAGCGAAAUCAAAUGGGAACUUCGGCCUGGUGGAAUGCUUGUUCAAAAGAGAGAAAGUGGGGACAGUGUAGGAGAAGGCACCAUCACUUUAAGAGUCUCAACUGUUUCUAAAUGGCAUGAUAUCUCCAUUGAAGCGACCUCCACUUUCGGGGAGUUAAAGAUGAUACUGUCACUGGUGACAGGCCUGGAACCCAGAGAGCAAAGGCUACUGUUCAAAGGGAAAGAAAGAGAAGAUAAUGAAUAUUUACACAUGGUUGGCGUUAGAGACAAAGACAAAGUGCUACUGCUAGAAGAUCCAGCUAUCAAGGAGAUGAAGCUUCAUAUGAAGACUGCUUAUCGUACCAUAAGUGUAUAAUUUUAAAGCCAUUGGAACAUCUUCACUAACCUCCAAAUGAAGCUGCAAAAAUAUUAUAAUGAAGGGCUUCUUCCUGUUCACUUGGCAAUUAGAUUAAUGUGUAAGCUGAUGCAAGUCCUGGUCAUCUUGCCUAGUUUACCAUGUUUAUAAAAACUUUGAUUCCUGAUGAUCAUGUAAUGUAAAUUAAUUAAUGUUCUAAUUAAUGCUUUAUUUUC